AAUGAAAAUAUAAGCAUUUUUUGAGAGAAAAUCAAACAAAAUCCAUAGUGUUAAAAUCCAUAGACUCCUUAAUUUUUUUAAAAUGAAGCAAUGUAAAUGUGGGAGAGGGUAGAGCAAAAAUAAUGGCGGAAAUGAGUGCAUCAUCAUCAUCAUCAUCUGGGAAGGCACUGGUAGUCGACCCACGAUGCGCCCACGCGCGAGUCCUCAGAUCCGGCGGCGCGUCCCCCGACCGCGGGGCGCUCAACAAUCUCAUCACCCUCUACUCCAAGUCCGGCCGCCGCUCCGACGCCAUCCGCAUAUUUCAGUCCAUCCCCAAUCCCAAUGUGGUUUCCUGGACCUGUCUCAUCUCCACUUUCCACGACUCAACCCUCUCCUUCCACCACUUCCUCUCCAUGCUCCGCCGCCCCGGCCGCCUCUUUCCUAACCACCGCACUCUCUCCGCCCUCCUCAAAACCUGCGCCUCCCUUUCCGCUCUCUCCUUCGGGAUCCAGCUCCACUCCAUGGCCCACAAGCUCGGCCUCUCGUCCGAGCCCUUCACGGCCUCCGCACUCGUUUCGUUCUACUGUAAAACAAGCUUUCUAGACAAUGCACAGAAGGUGUUCGACGAAAUGCUUGACAGGGAUGAGGUCUGUUUCUCCUCGAUCAUUGUGGGUUUGGCUCAGAACCGCAGACCCGUUGAGGCUAUGUCUUACUUUCUUGAGAUGAAGAGGUGUGGGGUGGCUUCCACUACCCACAGUGUCUCGGCAACAUUGCGGGCUGCUUCAGAGAUGGCUCUCUUGGAGCAAUGUAGGACACUCCACGGGCACGCCGCAAGAACCGGUUUGGAUUCGGAUGUGGUUGUCCGAAGCGCGCUGAUUGAUGGGUAUGGGAGAUGUGGGCUCAUAAGGGAAGCUCGCGCCGUUUUCGAUGAACUGGAAACAUCAUUGAACGAUGUAGGAUGGAGCACGAUGAUGUCAGCGUAUGCGCAGCAAGGGGAUUCCAAGAACGCGGCUGAGCUUUUCGCGGCAAUGCAGAGUCGCGGUAUGAAGCCCGACGGGUACUGUUUCCUGGCUGUUUUGACCGCACUCUGCCACGCCGGACUGUCCCAAGAGGCCAAAGAAUGGUUCAGGGCGAUGCAGGAAGACUACAACUUGGAGCCCUGGCUUGAGCACUACACAUGUUUGAUCACUGCCAUGGGGAAAGCCGGCGAACUGGGCCCCGCCGAAACCCUAGCCUCCACAAUGCCCUUCAAGCCAGACGCCGCCGUGUGGCGCGCGCUGCUGUCCACCAGCGCGCACCAUGGGGAGACCGACAUGGCAUGGAAGAUGAGAGACAGGCUGCUUGAGAUCAACCCGAACGAUGACUCAGCUUAUGUCAUCCUGGCAAACGCAUUCGCGGGCGCUGGGAAGUGGGACCAUGUGAGGCACGUUUGGAAAACAAUGAAGGAGAAAGGGGUCGGAAAGGAGGGGGGGCGGAGCUGGGUCGAGGUACGCGGGGAGGUCCACGUGUUCUCGGCCGAGGACCGGGCCCACGAGAGGAGGGAGGAGAUAUACCACAAGUUGGGGGAGUUGAAGGGGGAGAUUGAGAGGCUUGGGUAUGUGCCUGUUUGGAAUGAGAUGAUGCAUGAUGUGGAUGAGAGUCACAAAGCAGAAGUGUUGUGGCAACACAGUGAGAAACUGGCACUGGCAUUUGGGCUGUUGAGUGGGGUGAAUCCCUGUGGUAAACCUCUGAGGAUUGUGAAGAAUUUGAGGAUCUGCAGGGACUGCCAUGAAGCUUUCAAGUAUGUUAGCAGAGUGGUGGAGAUGGAGAUUGUAGUUAGGGAUGUUAAUAGAUACCAUACAUUCUUGAGUGGGAGCUGUACUUGUGGAGAUAACUGGUAGCUUAUACACUACUUCCUCCGCUCGAAAAUGAUCUUCUUGUUUGACUUUUGUUGGUCAAAGUUUGUAAACUUUGAUCCCCAUAUAUGAAAAAAUACAUUGUGUUUCG